AUGUCGCGUAUUUCUCCAGAUAAACCACGUGAGAUAUGGAGGAUUCCCCAUGUCAUCGACCCCUUGACAAUGCAAUCACCGGGAAGUGGCCGACUUGCGCGUAUCCAGCGUGGUCCCACUUCCUCGAACCUCCGAAAAAAAGCCUCCGCUAUCCGCAGGACACGCGCAUGCGAAAAGCGAGCAUUUUUUGCUGCAAACGGCCCCGGGGCUGGGAGGAUGAAAAGAUCACUUCAAAACGAGGGAGAAUGCCGGGGGCCGGGGCGGGCCGCGCGUGCUAUCAACGUAAUGCUAGAAGCCAAGGCUAUUCAAAAGUAUAGCAGGUAA